AUAUAUUGAUUUCAUUGGAGCAAUACCCAGAUUGUCUUUUACCUCUCUUGUCGUCUUGUUUUAUCUUCUAAACUCUAUAAAAAAUUUUCUUUCUUUUCACACACUCCCCAAAUAUCAAAUUAAUAAAUAUGCACUCAAACAUAGAAAGAUUGUGCUCAAACUCAAAGGUGGAGUUGGCUUAGAGAUAAAGUGGAAAGCUUUUUAGUUUUUACUGUUUUCUUGAGGGAGAGAGGGAGGGAUUGAAUUGUGAGUUGUGAGAGAGAGAGUUGAAUGGAGGGCAAUAGAAGAAGCAAUUUCAGGAGAAUUUGUGUGUUCUGUGGGAGCAACUCAGGCCACAGAAAAGUCUUCAGUGAUGCUGCUGUUGAGUUGGGGAAUGAAUUGGUUGGUCAAUGUAAGUAGGAAGAUAGACUUGGUCUAUGGUGGUGGAAGUAUAGGUUUGAUGGGUUUGAUUUCCAGAAAAGUCUAUGAUGGAGGGUGUCAUGUUCUUGGGGUGAUUCCUAAAGCACUGAUGCCUGUUGAGAUAUCGGGUGAAAGUGUUGGGGAUGUCAAAAUCGUUUCUGAUAUGCAUGAGCGUAAAGCUGAAAUGGCUCGGGAGGCAGAUGCGUUUAUAGCACUUCCAGGAGGAUAUGGAACCAUGGAAGAGUUGUUGGAAAUGAUAACGUGGGCACAACUCGGGAUUCAUAAAAAACCGGUUGGUUUGCUCAACGUUGAUGGGUACUACAAUUCUUUGCUGGCGUUAUUUGACAACGGGGUCGAGGAAGGUUUCAUCAAGCCACUUGCUCGCCACAUUGUGCUGUCUGCUCCCAAUGCCAGAGAGCUCUUAAACAAGAUGGAGCAAUACACUCCUUGCCAUGACCAGGUUGUCCCCCGUGAAAGCUGGCAGACGGAGCAGCUCGAUGGGUUGCCACAGGAAUAAGUUUCGUGCUCAACUUAGGCCUACAAGUAGAACGAUCUCGGUGUGAUUGGUAAUCAUUUUAAGUGAAUAUAAUGGACGAGAGUCUGCUUAGGUGGUUCGGGUUCCACAUAAAUGCAUAACCAUCUUGUCUUGUCAUUCUUUGUGGUUUGCAUCCCACUAGUAUAGAUUCAUCAUCCCCGCUGUUUUGCACCAUAAACCCGUGGUUUUAUAAGUUAGUAGUAAUUUCGAUGAAUUAUUAUGCACUCAUCAUCUUAUCUGUAAGUGUGUCUGAUGCUUCCUAAUGCAAUCAACUAUUCAAAAUCUCAA